GGACGGCGGCGGCGGCGGCGGCAGCGGCGCACGCGGGACGCGGCCGUGGAGACCAUGGAGCAGCCCCUGGAGCUCGAGAGCGAUGACGAUCUCACAGACAGCGAGGAGAGCGUUUACUCGGGGCUGGAGGACUCUGGCAGCGACAGCACCAACAGCAGCGCCGGGGAGGAGGAGGAUGAAGCCGAGCGGGAGGAGCCUGGCAGCAGGGCAGCCCCCGAGGUCAAAGGGGCUCCCAGGAAGAGCAAAGCCCUGGGGGCUGAUCCCCCUCCAAAGGAUGGCGAGGGUCUGAGCGUUCCGGAUGAGUACGUGGAGGACAGCUCGGAUGAGGAG